AUGGGGAGUGAAGGUAUUGCUCCAGGAGAUUCUACAAUGAAGGCCAACGCCGGAAGAGCUACGAUUCUGGCUCUUGGCAAGGCCUUCCCUCACCAGCUUGUCAUGCAGGAUUAUCUGGUUGAGGGAUAUUUCAGAGAUAACAACUGUGAUGAUCCAGACCUCAAGGAGAAGCUGGCUCGACUCUGCAAGACAACAACAGUUAAAACUCGGUACGUGGUCAUGUCAGACGAGGUUCUAAAGAGAUAUCCAGAGCUUACACUUGAAGGUAUCCCCACGGUGAAGCAAAGACUAGACAUCUGCCAUGAUGCUGUAACACAGAUGGCCAUUGAAGCUUCACAUGCUUGCAUCAAGAACUGGGGAAGGCCUGCUUCGGACAUAACACACUUGGUUUAUGUGUCAUCCAGUGAAGCUAGACUACCUGGUGGAGACCUUUACCUAGCAAGAGGACUUGAACUCUCCCCUCGGACUAAAAGAGUCAUGCUUUACUUCUCAGGUUGCUCUGGUGGCGUGGCAGGUCUUCGUGUAGCAAAAGACAUUGCCGAGAACAAUCCAUUGAGCAGAGUUCUACUUGCUACUUCUGAAACUACUAUUAUCGGCUACAAACCACCAAGUGCACAUAGACCAUAUGAUCUUGUUGGUGUAGCACUGUUUGGUGAUGGGGCUGGAGCUAUGAUCAUUGGCUCAGACCCUGAGCUAGUCUCCGAAAAUCCUCUAUUUGAGCUUCACACAGCGCUUCAGGAAUUCUUGCCAGGCACGGAGAAGACCAUAGACGGAAGACUCACAGAAGAAGGGAUUAGUUUCAAGCUAGCAAGAGAGCUUCCUCAGAUAAUCGAAGAUAAUGUGGAGGGGUUCUGUGAAAGGUUGAUGGAUGUAGUUGGGUUUGAUAAAAAGGAGUACAAUAAGAUGUUCUGGGCUGUUCAUCCAGGGGGUCCUGCAAUUUUGAACCGGAUGGAGAAGCGUCUGGAUUUGUUCCCAGAGAAGCUUGAUGCUAGCAGAAGAGCUCUAAUGGAUUAUGGGAAUGCCAGCAGUAACACCAUUGUGUAUGUGCUUGAGUACAUGAUAGAAGAGAGCAAAAAGAAGAAGAAGAAGAAAGAGCAAUCAAAUGGUGAAUGGGGUUUGAUCCUGGCUUUUGGACCAGGUAUAACUUUUGAGGGCAUCCUAGCAAGGAACCUCACUAUCUAA